ACCAAACAUUAGAAAUGACAAAAAUAACUUGGAUAUUAAAAAUAAGCCAGACAAUAACUCGACGAGUUUUGCAGACAGGGGACCAGAAAUUAUUACGACUGACCAAAAGACAUCAGCAACUGAAAGUCGUGCAACUGAUAGUUCUGACGAUGACGCCUCUACAUCGAGACUAAAGUUAAAUUACAUUAUCACUUAG